CUGCGAUCAGAGGUGAUCCGCGCGUGGGAAAAUGACAAUCAAGUUUGUGGUCACCCUCUUCACACUUUUGCUCGCUGGAGGUGCUCGCUCUGAUUUACGGGAAUAUGGCGACGACGAUGAGGAUCAUCAGGACACCACUGUCAAUCAAAUGCUGGUGCCCAGGUCACACCAGGAGGACGCAACGCUCAUUCUGAACAAUUUGCUCAAGGAGUACGACAAGACUCUGCGCCCAGACAUCGGAGAGAAACCAACAGUCAUAGAUGUGGGCAUCUAUAUCAACAGCAUCGGCCCUGUGUCAUCCAUUGAUAUGGAGUACCAGAUCGAUAUUAUCUUCGCCCAGACCUGGGUGGACACCCGUCUGAGGUAUAACAGCAGCAGCAUGCGGAUUCUAACCCUCAACAGCAAUAUGGUCGGUCUGAUCUGGCUGCCCGACACCAUCUUUAGAAAUUCCAAGAACGCCGAUUCUCACUGGAUAACGACGCCCAAUCAGUUGCUCCGGAUCUGGAACAAUGGGAAAAUACUUUAUACUCUGAGGAUGACCAUCAACGCAGAGUGCCAGCUGCAGCUCCAUAAUUUCCCAAUGGAUGAACACUCCUGUCCUCUCAUCUUCUCUAGCUACGGCUACCCACGAGAUGAGAUUGUGUACAAAUGGAAGCGAAACUCAGUGGAGACAUCUGAUCAGAAAUACUGGAGGCUUUACCAGUUUGACUUCAUGGGGCUCAGAAACACUACGGAUGUCCUCACGACUAUGGCUGGUGACUACGUGUUAAUGACCGUUUACUUCGACCUCAGCAGGAGGAUGGGCUACUUCACCAUCCAGACCUACAUCCCCUGCAUCCUGACUGUGGUUCUCUCCUGGGUCUCCUUCUGGAUCAAGAGUGAUGCCACGCCUGCAAGGACGACUUUAGGAAUCACCACAGUGCUGACCAUGACCACGCUGAGCACAGUGGCCAGAAACUCUAUUCCUAGAGUGUCCUACGUAACCGCCAUGGACCUGUUUGUCACCGUCUGCUUCAUGUUUGUCUUCGCUGCCAUGAUUGAGUACGCCAUGCUCAACUACUACUCCUACAGUAUACGCAGACCUCCCCCAAAGAAGAGAAUGGCCUACUCGUCUUUCAACAUGGGUCCCACCCCUCGGCCUAUGAUGCCCAUGGGCAACUCCUUGUUCUGGCAUGACUAUGAUGACAGUUGUCUGCACGAGUGCCUGGAUGGAAAGGACUGCAAGAGCUUCUUCUGCUGCUAUGAGGAGUGUAAAGAAGGCGGCUGGAGGAAAGGACGGAUCCACGUCAACAUCCGUGAGCUGGAUGCCUACUCCCGGGUUUUCUUCCCCACCUCGUUCUUGCUCUUUAACAUUGUGUACUGGGUCAGCUACCUCUACCUCUAGUCUGUCUCAAGCCGUGAUGUGUGGGCACUGCUGAAACAGCCCGCGGCACUUUGCACCACGGCUUGUGAUUUGAGGUCAGUGCUAAACGUAGGGGAAGAAAUGAGGUGGAUCUGCUGUGUGGGACUUGUGAGGGACAUGCUGCCUCUGGAGUGAUAUGACGUAUUCAAAAAUACAUGUGUGCUCGGGUGCACAGUGUAAAGGCCAUGAUACUUUGAGCAGUGCCACUCCACCAUGAAUAAAUCGCUCAGCAGUAGAAUAACAAGCCGCCAGCAUUAACUUGAAUGGAUGAGUCCCACUUAUGACUCUCUCAGAAACCAAACAACAGACAGCUGUGACUUCAGAGACAUUUGGGAACAGGGGUUGCAGAGCUGACUCUUGGUUGUGGAGAUGGCGAAGCACCCAUAGUGCCUUCUUUAGAAAGGGUGCGGCACCGAGAGAAGCAGCUUCAGAGUUCCCUUCAUUAUCUUUAUUACCUCAUCCAUCACACCGCCGCAUGCUGAGCUGUUUAGUCUUUGACGAAACAAACCCAGAACACAGUUCUCACCACUGGAGAUGUUUAAAAACCAACGCUCACCAUUCAUUUCGUAGCACAUUAGUUUUAGUUGUACCCUAGAAUUAGUUCCCUUUUUGAGAAUAGUUGUUUUCUUGUUCUUCUUCUUAUUGGAACUAGUUGUUCUUUCACAGCAGGUCACAUCAGCUGUUACUUGUUAAAUAUGGGUUCAAGCCAGGGGCAGUGGUUGUAUGGUAAAAUCUUAUUUAUUGAGUCAGUGACUUUUUUGUUGAACAUGACUAUUUUGUUUGAACAUGCCGUUUACAGUACAUGCCAAGAUGUGGGAGUUUUUAAUGAAUGCUGGGCUAUAUUCGCACACAACAACUAUAUAAAAACUGCAUAAUGUCUGCAGACUGAUCUAAAACUACCUGGGCAUAUUUUGUAUGUUGCAGUAAACAGAUUGGGGUUGGAGUACUGCUGUUUUUUUCCAAGAACACAUCAGUUUAAAACAAAGGGGUUUUUUUUUCUUACUUAAAUAGACUUUGAGUUUUUAAUAU